CCGAACCAUUCCUCGCCCAACCCCAACUGCCUCUUGACCCCUCAACACCAGGCUGCCGCGCAAUCGAGGUCGUGGCAAUGGCGACACCCGCAGUAACUUCCAGCGAUGCUGGGUUCAUGACGUCGGACGGUCCCGGGUCGAGGACCCCCCGCGCCGGACGACUGCCCGGUUCGUCGAGCGGAAGCAGACCCGCAGUGCCCCCUUCCGAGAGCCUCGCACUCAGCGAUGGCGAGGCAGAGGGCUUCGCCGAUGACCAGGUACCGGUCCGCGCCCGGCCGACCGAUCCAGCCAACAUUCCCCGCGUCGAGGACAAGAUCGGCCUCAUCAUUCAGGAGUCCUUUGAGAACUUCAUCGAGGGGUACGUCGAGAGCCCAAAUGCUUCCGGGCAGCCGACCUCUAGCGCCGUCACCACCGACAAGUAUUACGUUGCCCAGAUCCACGGCAUGCGCACCUACCAGCUAUCCACCUUCUACGUCGACUACAAGCACCUCGAGAGCUGGCACAACGGUGCCCUGGCCGCGGGCAUCAUGGAGUCCUACUACCGCUUCCUCCCCUUCUUGACGGCCGCGCUGCACAACAUGAUCGCCAAGUACGAGCCGCAGUACUUCCGCGAGCACCGCCAGCCGACCGCCUCGAGCCAGCAGCACAGCUCGGGCGCCAGCAACAUGGGCUCGGCCAGCCAGAGCGAGCUGAGCAGCAAGACGGCCAACCAGCAGACCGACAAGCUCUUCUCCAUCGCCUUCUACAACCUCCCUCUCGUGUCGCGCAUCCGCGCGCUGCGGGCCCGCAACAUCGGCCAGCUGCUCUCCAUCAGCGGCACCGUCACCCGCACCUCCGAGGUCCGCCCGGAGCUGGCCCUCGCUACCUUUGUGUGCGAGGCCUGCCGCAGCGUGGUGCCUGAUGUGGAACAGACCUUCCGCUAUACCGAGCCGACGCAGUGCCCCAACGCCACCUGCCUGAACCGGACGGCGUGGCGGCUGGACAUCCGGCAGAGCACGUUUGUCGACUGGCAGAAGGUGCGCGUGCAGGAGAACAGCAGCGAGAUCCCCACGGGAAGCAUGCCGCGGACGAUAGAUGUCAUUCUGCGCGGCGAGAUGGUCGACCGGGCCAAGGCCGGCGAGAAGUGCAUCUUCACGGGCGCCCUGAUCGUGGUGCCCGACGUCAGCCAGCUGGGUCUGCCCGGCCUGCGGAGGGUGGCCGUCCGCGACGACCGCAGCGCCGACGCCGGCGGCAGCGGCGUGAGCGGCCUCAAGGCGCUGGGCGUCCGCGACCUGACCUACCGACUCGCCUUCCUCGCCUGCAUGGUGAGCUCGGACGUUUCGGCCCUCGGCGCCUCGGGCGAGGCGCAGAUCGUGGACGUGGUCGGCGCCAUGACGGCCGGCAGCAACCUCGAGACGGCCGAGACGGUCAAGGAGGUCCAGGACGCCGUGCUCGCGUCCUACACGCAAGAGGAGAUCGCGGACCUCCGGGCCAUGGUGCACAGCGACCGCAUCUACAGCCGCCUGGUGCAGUCGCUGGCGCCCAUGGUGUACGGGCACGAGAUCGUCAAGAAGGGCAUCCUCCUGCAGCUCCUGUCGGGGGUGAGCAAGACCACCCCGGAGGGCAUGCAGCUCCGCGGCGACAUCAACAUCUGCAUCGUCGGCGAUCCGUCGACCUCCAAGUCCCAGUUCCUCAAGUACGUCUGCAACUUUGCGCCCCGCGCCGUCUACACCUCGGGCAAGGCCUCCUCCGCCGCCGGUCUCACCGCGGCCGUGGUCAAGGACGAGGAGACGGGCGAGUUCACCAUCGAGGCCGGCGCGCUGAUGCUCGCCGACAACGGCAUCUGCUGCAUCGACGAGUUCGACAAGAUGGACAUGGCCGACCAGGUGGCCAUCCACGAGGCCAUGGAGCAGCAGACCAUCUCCAUCGCCAAGGCGGGCAUCCAGGCGACCCUCAACGCGCGCACCUCCAUCCUGGCCGCGGCCAACCCGGUGGGCGGGCGGUACAACCGCAAGACGACGCUGCGCGCCAACAUCAACAUGUCGGCCCCCAUCAUGUCCCGCUUCGACCUCUUCUUCGUCAUCCUCGACGAGUGCAACGAGCAGGUGGACCGCCACCUGGCCGAGCACAUCGUCGGCAUCCACCAGAACCGCGACGCCGCCAUCGCCCCGGAGUUCUCCACCGAGCAGCUGCAGCGCUACAUCCGCUUCGCCCGCACCUUCCGGCCCGAGUUCACCGAGGAGGCCAAGGAGGUGCUGGUGCAGCGGUACAAGGACCUGCGCGCCGACGACGCCCAGGGCGGCGUCGGCCGCAACAGCUACCGCAUCACCGUCCGCCAGCUCGAGAGCAUGAUCCGCCUGUCCGAGGCCAUCGCCAAGGCCAACUGCGUCGAGGACAUCACGCCCGAGUUCGUCAACGAGGCCUACCACCUGCUCCGGCAGAGCAUCAUCUCCGUCGAGCACGACGACGUCGAGGUCGACGAGGACGAGGACGAGGACGAGGACGGACAGACGCUGAGGCGGGCGGCGGACGCCGCCUCGGGCGUUCCUGCUACGGAUGGGGACGGGGACGGGGACGAGCCGAUGGAGGAGGAGGGGGACGGCGAGAGACAGGCAUCGACAGGGCCGUCUGCUGCUGGACAGCAGCAGCAGCAGCAGCAGCGACAGAGGGAGAAGCAGACCAUCUCGUACGACAAGUACAUCAGCAUGGUCAACCUGCUCGUGUCCAAGGUGGCCGAGGACGAGACGUCGGGGAGCGGGGAGGGAAUCGAGGGCGACGCGCUGAUCCAGUGGUAUCUGGAGCAAAAAGAGGAGGAGCUGCAGAACGAGGAGGACUACAACAACGAGAUGGCGCUGGCCCGGAAGGUGCUCAAGAAGAUGGUCAAGGACAACAUCCUCAUGGCAAUCCGCGGCCAAGGCAUGACGGAUGCGGAUGCCGGCGAGGGCAGCUCGGCGCAGGCGGCGCAGAUCGUCUACGUGCUCCACCCCAACUGUGCCGUGGAGGAGUUCUAAGAGAGGGUAUGGGACUGCGAGUGGUGAUUAUCAAAUCAACGACGGGGUUUAUGGAUGGGCCAAAUCGUGUUAGCAGACUUAGAGCGAGGUUUGUGGGCGUCCGGAGUUUCUGGGUUGUAGCUGUCGCAUAGAUCAUGAGCCGGUUGGGAUGGUAAAGUUAGUAAAUAGGGAAAUCUGCGCCGAAUAACGCUUUGAGUUCAUAUCGCAAGGAAGUAUAAGCUUGACCUAACUUAUGUGGCCGCUGCUACCUGAACAGUUUCAAGGGCGCCACAGGUGAAUGAAUGGCUACGCACUCUACAUGAAUCUCUCACAAUAUACACCCAAAGUCACCCUUCCUCCUCGUCCUC